GCAUACUGUACGUACAUACUUCACCGUAGCAUCUUGAUUCUGGAUUUCUGUUUUUCGCCUCGAGAAUGGCAGAUUCAGCUGAGCACGUAACCUUGUGGUGCAUUCUGGUUCCUUGUUUGGGAAAGGAAGACAACCUGCGCGAGGCUUUACUAGACCUUGCAAAGACGGUUAAGGAGGUUGAAUCAGAGUGUUUGGAGUAUCAAGUCAUCGAGAGCAAUCGUACACCGGAUGGGAUGCCCAAAACUUCGUUCUAUCUCCUAGAAAGAUGGACCAAUGAAUCGGCUCUUGAGAAGCAUUCUAAGCGAGACUGGCUUGCCAUCCAUCACAAUCUCCUAUCUACAGAGCAGCUUCUAGUCGGUGAGGAGUCCAUUCAGCCAGUCAAGAUCAUCGGUGGCUUCGGAGCUAGAUCGAUAGUGGAGGCCGCCAACAGUUCCAAUUGACCUCAAGGAGGGCUCGAAACAUAAGAUGGUUCUCAUGAUGCAUAAAAAUGCAGUGAUUUCGUAACCUAUCUGCAUAAGAAGG